AUGCGUGCCCAGACAACCCAGCUCCUGGUGGAGCCCCCCUGGAGGCCGGCGGUACUGUGGGAUGUGGUGACACUGACCUGCCAGGGCUCGGAGUCUGCUGGAGCCACCAUCUGGUACAAGGAUGGGGAGUGCUGGGGGCAGGAGAGACCUGAACACCUCACUGUCACUGAAAUUGGCACCUACACGUCCCGGUUAGAAUUGCAAGUGUCAGCACAGGAGCUGCUGGAGGGGGACACAGUGACACUGCGCUACCGGCAUUGCUGCCAGGAAGAAUCAGGAAAGAGCCGCCAGCCAGGGGAGCGGUGGCCACAGCAGCGAGUGACAGCCAGUGCACAUGGCUGGGGACAUCGGGAUGGCCGGGAAGUCCAGACCCUCGGCCUCGCUGGUGCCCAGACCACCCAGCUCCUGGUGGAGCCCCCCUGGAGGCCGGCGGUGCUGUGGGACCGGGUGACACUGACCUGCCAGGGCUCGGGCACUGCCCAGGCCACCACCUGGUACAAGUAUGGGCAGUGCUGGGGGCAGCAGGGACCGGACCACUUCACUGUCACCGUCACCGAGAGUGGCACCUACACAUGUGACAGACCUGGCACCGGGCUCAGCCCCUCCGUGACAGUCUCAAAUGCCCAACUGGUGCUGCAGGUGCCGGCGCAGGAGCUGCUGGAGGGGGACACGGUGACACUGCGCUGCCGGCGCUGGGAGAACAUGUCGGUCACCGGGGUGCGAUUCUACCAUGGGGACAAGGAGGUGGGGAGGUCCCUCAAUGGGACCGAGCUGUCCCUGUCCCCUCUGCAGCUGAACCACAGUGGCCGCUACAGCUGCGGGGGCCAGGUGGACUCUGAGGUGGCACUGUGGGCGCACUCGGCUUCAGUGACAGUGACAGUGCACAAGCUCUUCUGGGUGCCGGUGCUGGAGGGUCCCCCUUAUCUUACUGUGGGAUCCCCCCUGACUCUCAGCUGCCUCAGCACCCCCAGCCCCCUGCGGCUGAGGCCCCUCCUGCACGUGUUCUACCAGGACGGGCAGGUGGUGGGGGGCCCGCAGGGGUCCCCGCAGCUGCUGGUGCCCACCGUGGGGGUCUCCCACUCGGGGAAUUACAGCUGCCAGGUGCAAUCUGAGGGUGGGGCCAUGCGGAAGAGCAGCGCCCGGCUCCGCAUCACGGUGCGCAAGGUCCCACCCUUGGUGGUGUCCCUGUCAGUGCAGCCCUCUGGGGGACAGGUGGCAUGCAGGGAGUGACUGGUGCUGAGUUGUGCGGUGGCUGCGGGUCCCCUGUCCUUCUCCUGGCACCGGGAGGGCUCAGGAGCACUGCUGGGAACCGGCCCCCGCCUGGAGCUGCGCCAUGCUGGGGACAAUGACAGCGGCCAGUACCAGUGCCGGGUCAGCGACGGGGACAGCGUGGCUGAGAGUGACUUCCUGAAUGUCACCGUUCCCGUGGCCAAUGCCACCAUCACCCCUGGUCCCCUGUCACACCAGGUGCAUGCCGGUGACCCCGUGACCCUGCGCUGCUCAGUGCAGGUGGGCUCAGCCCCUGUCACCUUCUCCAGGCUGCACAAUGGGCAGGAGGUGGCCCGGGGUCCCCUCCUGGAGCUUGGAGCUGUUGAUGUGGCACAUUCGGGCACCUACCAGUGGGUGGCAACCAACCAGCUGGGACAGGAUGGGCAGCGCGUGUUCCGGGCAUUUCGCCCUCAGCUGGUCGUAGCUGUGACAGCGCGGGGACACAGGGACACAGCAGUGGCUCUAGGGCUCAGUGGGUCCCUGCUGUUCCUGCUGCUGCUCCUCGCUGUCAUCGGGGGCUGUUACCAGUGGCACUGCUGUGGUGGGCCCCCCCCAGAGCCCUCGGCCCUCCCAGAGGCAGGGGAGGUGCUGUACAGUGAUGUCGUGAGCACCAAGAAGGUGACCUAUGCAGAGCUGCCAGGACCCCACAGGAGGCAGCAGGACCCCAGUGACAUCUGCGAGAACGUGCUGUGA